UGCUUUUACGACCAGUGUCCUCUUCAAUGUUUACACUGUCUUCUUCAUUCUUUAAAGAUGUCUCUGUCAAAAGUAAUUUUCUUUAAUAUUAAUAAAGUUAAUUAACUUAAUUUCAUCAAUCGUUAAUCGUUGAACCAACAGAUGUCACUAGGUACAGGAAGAUACAUGUUUAAGGAAAAUCUGUUUGGAAGAUAAAAUUGAAAGUUACACGCAUUUAUUUUAAAGAGCUUUUGUCCGUGUUUUGCCAAGUUUAGUUGCUGCCCAUGUUGAAAACUGCUCCUUUAUUGAAAGUUUUGAAUAGUUCAUUGAAUAUUGGAAGAUCAUUUCAAACUAAUUUAAGUCCGAAAAUGUCUAAAUACUGUUUUGUUGAAAAGGGUACUCCUAAUACUUCAUCCUACCGAAUGUUUAUAACAAACUCCGAUGUACCCAUUUCACCAUUUCAUGACAUUCCCUUGCUUGCUAAUGCUGACAACAAAAUUUACAAUAUGGUUGUCGAGAUUCCUCGUUGGUCCAAUGCAAAAAUGGAAAUAGCCACCAAAGAACCAUUGAAUCCAAUCAAACAAGAUACCAAGAAGGAUGUCUUGCGUUAUGUUAAAAAUUGUUUCCCUCAUAAAGGAUAUAUCUGGAAUUAUGGUGCCUUACCCCAAACAUGGGAAGAUCCUAAUCAUUUAGAUGACUCGACUGGAUGUCGUGGAGAUAACGAUCCUAUCGAUGUCUGCGAAAUCGGUGACAAAGUACACAAACGAGGAGCAGUUAUUCAAGUCAAAGUAUUGGGUGUCUUUGCUCUAGUUGAUGAAGGUGAAACUGACUGGAAAGUGAUAGCCAUUGAUGUUAAUGAUCCCUUGGCCAAACAACUUAAUGACAUCGAAGAUGUCGAUAGAUUGAAAACUGGUUUACUUAAGGCAACCCAUGAAUGGUUCAAAAUCUACAAAGUUCCUGAUGGUAAACCAGAAAAUAAAUUUGCUUUUGACGGAAAACCCAAAGACAAAUCAUUUGCUGAGAAAGUUAUUGUCCAAACUCACGAACAUUGGAAAAAAUUGAUUACUUCUGCUCCUGAUGCCAUGAUCAAUACUUCUGGUCUUGACUUGAAAAAUAUUACAAUAGGUAACUCACCUUACAAGAUAGACAACCCUCAGGCCGUUAUUGACGCAGCACCGGCUCUUGCUGCACCAAAAGAAAUUUCAGAUUCAGAGCAAGUAGCAAUUGAUAAAUGGUAUGUUGUUGGUUAGGAUAAAAAUCCAGAUGACGUUUUCAGAAAAAGAAACUGCAGGCUUCGAUCUGCACUUCAUUUUUGAAGUCCAGAUGACUUGGGAAGGAGAAAAAGCGAAAUAGUUCGUUAAAUUUAAAUAAAAAUAAAAUAAAAAUCGUUUUGA